UUUGAGAUAAAUCCAAAUCAGAUUUUAUUAAUUAAAAUAAAUAAAUUAUCACAAUUAUACCCCUACCUUAUAAGUAACGUAAUUUUUAGUUUUGAUAAUUAAAAAAUAGGAAAAAUAAAGAUACGUAUAUCUAUUCCCGUUAUAUCUCAACAGCACGUUCUUAAAACAAUCCCAUGAUUAUCGUCCCUCCAUUAUAGAGCACCGCUUCAACGUGCUGGUUAUUGUUUACCCCCAAUAUUUUGUGAUCUGAUCGCAUAAAUCGGAAAAGAAGGAACAAAUUAUACAGAUCUGUUUUCGUGGCUUUUCGCAAUUUAUGUGUAUACAUAUGUUAUCAAUUCCGGCAGAUCAGUAGCGAUUUCAAAAUUGCAUAGUGGUUUUCAUGACGUAUUGCGGUUUUUAAGUACAGAUUAUUAACAUGCCAUGUAUUUCAUGCUAUUUUUAUGAAGUCUUAAAACCUUUACGCGGUUAAUCACCCUAUGCAGACAGAUGGAUUUCAUUGUGACCCUUGUGUUGAGGUUUCGGAGUAUUGUUGCAAUAAAACGGUGGUCGGAUCGCAUGAAUUAUGAUUCGCUGAUAAAGUAUGUUUGGUCGAAGUUUGACGCGAUUAAUGGAUGCAACUUCUUGUUAACUUAUAAGUUUGAUGUUUAUGAUGACUGCAUACUUGCGAACGACGAUGAUUUAACUUCAAUGUUGUUCAUCAUGCGUGAGAUUGGUGGGGGCCGCGUCGAGGUAACAGUAAAGGAGCAGGAAAUUGCCGAUGAUAUCCCAGAUGAAUGUAUCCAAGCGCCGCCUGUCCAGCCGAUCGUAACAUUGGUCGAAUACGAUAGGGCUGCCGUAGUUAGUGAACAACAAAAUAUUUUAAAAGUAUCACCGGGCAACGGCAAGAGAUUGUUGAGCGCGGAAUGGGCUAACUUAAUUAAGCAUGAAGGCCAAGAAUUUGCUGGUGGUGCUGAUGAGUUUAGGAAGUCACUUGUAAAGUUUUCGGUGGAGAUUGGGUUCGAAUACGUGUAUUUGAAGAAUGAGACUUGCAGGGUUACUGCUGAAUGUCGGUUUAAGGAUGAAAAGCAGUGCCCAUGGAGGAUUCAUGCGUCGGUAGAUAAGUCUAAUAAUUACUUUUACAUUCGUAAUUAUAACAACAACCAUAGAUGUGGCAUGUUUUUCGGCACUGCUAGUAAGAAGCGGAUCACUUCUGAUGUAAUCAUGGAACUAAUCGAUGGUUAUAUUCGCACAAUGCCGGCCAUUACUCCUCGUCAAAUUCAAGCACAGAUAAAAGAACACUAUGGGCUGGACAUAACAUACUAUGUGUCGUGGAGAUCAACCGAUGGCGGGAGAGACAAGAUUUUCGGCGAUCAUGGCCUUUCGUAUUCGUACCUCCCCGCGUAUUUUCGAGAAGCGGAACGUGCAAAUCCAGGAAGUGUUUUCCAUCUUGAAGUUGAUAUGAGGUGCAAUAAUUACAAUAUGACACCUAUUAUUAUAAAAUUUUAG